AAGAAGAAGAAGAAGAAGGAGGAGGAGCCUGUGAAGGAGUUGUGAUCUCACUGGUUCCUGUUUCAUAACUAAUAUCUUGAAUCACAUGUUUCAGGUGUGAACUCAGAGCAGAGGUGUUGUCCACCAUGAUGCGGAGUCUGAAGGGCGCCAGGCACCUGAACUCCAGCACUGUCAAACAAGCAGUGUCGGAGCUCUCUAUUCCAGUCCCAUGGGGAGAGAUCAGAGGAAAAGUCUGGGGUCCUGAUCACGGGCGUCCUGUGAUGUGUGUGCACGGCUGGGCUGACAACUGUGGAACAUUUAACUCCCUGAUCCCCCUGCUGCCCAAAGAGUACAGAUACGUGGCGUUGGACCUCCCAGGUCACGGUCUGUCCUCACAUCGUCCUCCUGAAGCUUUCUACUCCUUUCCCUUGUAUGUGAUGGACGUACGCAGAGUCGCUGACGCUCUGCAGUGGAACAGAUUCUCCAUCAUAGGCCACAGUAUGGGUGGUAACAUUGCUGGAUUGUUCAGCGCUCUGUAUCCUGAGAAGGUGGAUUCUAUCGUACUGCUGGACUCUUAUGGAUUUUUACCUACAGAUUCGAAAGAAAUUCCAGAAGUGAUCCGACAGGGCCUGGAUGAGAUGCUUCAGUUUGAAGCAAAGGCAGAAGAAAGGGGGAGAAGAGUUUACACUUAUGAGAAGGCAGCUGAGAGGCUCUUGGCGGCCAACCCGACUCUGUCUGAACAGUCUGUGCGCAUCCUUUUAGAGCGAGGUCUCGAUCAAGUAGACGGAGGAGUUGCGUUCACUCGAGACUUUCGUCUCAAUCUGAAAAACAUCGUGCGCACCACUUUGGAGCAGUGUCUGGAGUUCCAGAAGAGGAUAACAGCCUCCACCCUCGUUAUUCUAGCAGAGGACGGCUUCGAGAAGGUGUUUGCUGAACGAGAUGGAAAGAAAGCCUCGUCAGCUCUUGUGCAGGCCUAUAGGGACAGAAAUCAAACCGUAGUGAAAGUACCUGGUGAUCAUCACAUCCACUUGAAUGAUGCUGAGGUCGUCGCUCCACUGGUGUCGGACUUCCUGCAGACCAAUCAGAGGAGGCUGCCUGUGAGACCCAGCGGAGGGAAAGUAGUUCUCCUGGAGUCUGCAGGCUCCACAACCCGGAAGUGCGCAGUGAAGUUUGCAAGUUCGUGCAAAGAUGGAAGCGUCUGGAGCUCAGUUGGACAGAGAAGGUGAGAAAGUGUGAAUAAUGAUAACAAUCCGCGCUGUGAGAAAGUGUUUCCGUCAGACUGAGUUAGCACCAAAGCAGAGUUGAUGUUGUAAACAGGCUCCACGCGCGGUAGUAAAGAUCAUUGUCUCUGAGCUGCAGAGUUUGAUUUACAAAUCUAAAGGUGCAUUGGAACAAAGCUGCAGCUUAUUCACUUUAACUUUUUAUUUAGACUUCAACUCAGAAUCAUCAGACACUGAAAUAAGUUAAUAAAGAAUAAGUUCUGUGAAGUUUAGCUCUUUUGUUUAUCUGUAAACCAUCAAGUAAUCUGUUGGGUUUCUAUGUCAUUUAUACCUUAUGACUCUGUCUGUAUAUAUAUAUGAUGUCACAGUGUUUGAGCUGCACACUGACGCCUGUGUUGUUGAGAUUUGCUGUUUUGUUGUUUUGUGUUGUUGUGUUG